AGGUUGUCAACAACCGGUCGGGGAGGAAGGAAAGUGACAUUUGUUCGUUUAUCUCCAGGCACGUCAGGCUGAGAUUUGUGCACACAUCGUUAUCGUAAGACUGUCAAACAACGGCGCGUUCCCGUUGUAUUCCACUAAGCAGCAGUUGUUUACGAAGUUAUGGAUACCAGCUUCCGUUAUUAUCAAUCAACGUUAUCAGUCGUCGGCUAGCGGUUUCCAAGUCAACGUCAGAGCCGCGAGGACGGGCGGCUACUUAUUGAACGCGUCCGUUAACGCGCACCGUGGAUUGUGCGUCGCUAGCUCACGUUAGCUGAGCUCACGUUAGCUGUCCGAGAGGAGCCGCUCGAGACGUCCUCGCGCCAUGGAUCCGUUCGACAGUAACAACACAGACCGGUCCAACCAGCCGAGGAACAUGAUCGAGAACCGCAUGUUUGAAGAAGAGCCUGAUGUUGUGGAUUUGGCUAAAGAGUCCACUACAUUUCCAACCAGUCAAGCUCUUGACCCCGACGACGUGGUGUAUGAGCCUCGCAGCUCGCGGUUGCUGGUGCGAGGCCUGGGGGAGAACGACAUGGACGAGGAUGACGAGGACUGCGAAUCCUCAGCCCGUCUGCUGGGCAUGUCCUUCAUGAACCGCAGCGGUGCCCACAGAUCCCUCUCUUCCCCGUACACCAGGCAGGGUGCACCCAGGUCAUGUGCACGACCCUCGGCUCGUACCCUGGUUGUCUGUAUGUUAUUUCUGGUGAUAGUGGCCUCUAUGACUAUGGUGCUAUACUUCUUACCUGGAUGCACCUUUACCAGGAGUGGUUGUCCAAAGACCAACACGACCAUUCCCUUCGAGAAAGUCUACCCUGUGUCCACCAGUGGCGAAGUGUUUCCAUGGGCGCAGCUCCGGCUGCCUCGCAGCAUACGUCCCCUUAGCUAUGACCUCACCCUCAACCCCGACCUUGACAGCAUGACCUUCACCGGCCGCACCAUCAUCCACAUGUCUGUGCUUCACAACACCAAGUGCAUCGUCCUGCACAGCGCUUACCUCAACAUCACCAAAGCCACCUUCAAGCUGGGUGACGGGCAGGCCAGAGGAGUGACUGUGCUGGAGUACAAACCCAGAGAGCAGAUAGCUGUUGCGUUCACGGAGGUGCUGAAGACCGGCCAGGACUGCGUUUUGACUCUGGAAUACUCCGCCAACCUCUCGCAUACUUACGACGGUUUCUACAACAGCUCAUACACUGAAAAAGAUGGAAGCAAAAGGGUCUUAGCAGCAACCCAGUUCGAGCCACUAUCAGCUAGGAAGGCCUUUCCUUGCUUUGAUGCACCAGAUUUCAAAGCCACCUUCCUGAUUAGAAUCCGCAGGAAACCAAACCACCUGAGUCUUUCCAACAUGCCGAAGGCCAAAACCACACAACUUCCCAAUGACGUCAUUGAAGAUGAGUUUGAAAAGACCAGCGUCAACAUGAGCACCUACCUGGUCGCCUUCAUCGUAGCUAACUUCACCCAUAUCAGCAGAAAUGUUUCAGAAACUCAGGUGUCUGUAUACUCCGUGCCAGAGAAGUGGGAGCACACAGACUACGCUCUGGACACAGGCUGCAAAUUGCUGGAGUUCUACAAUGGAUUCUUUGAAAUUAACUACCCCCUCAAAAAACUAGACCUGGUAGCCAUCCCAGACUUCCUGGCAGGAGCCAUGGAGAACUGGGGACUCAUCACGUUCAGAGAGACCAGCCUGCUUGUGGGCAAACAGUCCUCUAAUCUGGAAAAACAAGUGGUGGCCUCCGUCAUCGCGCAUGAGCUCGCUCAUCAGUGGUUUGGGAACCUGGUAACGAUGAGGUGGUGGAAUGACCUGUGGCUCAACGAAGGCUUCGCCACAUACAUGCAGUACAUGUCGCUGCAGACUGUUUUUCCCCAGCUGGACAUUGGUAAUUUGUUCCUGGCAGUACGCUUCAGAGCUUUGGACAAAGAUGCGCUUAACUCCUCCCACGCCGUGUCAACAGAGGUUAAUAAGCCAGAGCAGGUGGAAGAGAUGUUUGACUCUGUUUCCUAUGAGAAGGGUGCAUCCAUUCUACUGAUGCUGAAUGCCUCCCUGCCAGGGGACCAACAGUUCAGAAAGGGUAUCAUUCAAUACCUGAAAGAGUUCAGUGGAUUAAACACGGACACUAACGACCUCUGGAACAGUCUCACACAGGUGGAGGUCUCUGCCCAACACCCCAAUGUAUCCGAGAUGAUGAGCUCAUGGACAUCCCAGAAAGGCUUCCCGUUGGUCACUGUAAGCCGCAAGGGAGGUCAGGUGACCCUCACACAGGAGCACUUCCGGCUCACGUCUGACAACGCCACGCAGACUUCCAGCUUGUGGAUUAUUCCGGUGACGUACGUCACUGACAACUGUAGCGUGGCCCCUGAGUGCCGGAGGACGUUCUAUCUGAAGACCAAGUCAGGGACGCUGAAGGAGCUACCAGAAAGUGUGAAGUGGGUCAAGGUGAACUACAGAAACACGGGCUUCUACAUCACCCACUACGAGGACGGGGGCUGGGCCGCUCUUAUAGACGCUCUGUCCCACAAUGUCAGUGUUCUGACGCACGAGGACCGGGCCUCGCUCGUACACAACAUGUUUGCUCUUUCCAGACUUGGACGGGUGUCCUUCCAUCAAGUCCUCCACCUUUUGAAGUACAUGUCCAAUGAAACUCAUACUUCUCCUGUGACGGAGGCCUUGUUACAGCUCGGUGUAAUCUACCGGCUGCUUGACAAAAGACAAGAGCACCGCCUUGUGGCCCGCAUGAAGUCUUACAUUCUGCAUCAGUUUGGUUCUCUGAUGGACAAACAAACAUGGGAAGAGGAGGACAGCGUGUCCAAACAGGAGCUUCGCUCAGCCCUGCUGGGGAUGGCCUGUAGUCUGAAUGAAGAGAAGUGCAUUAGCCAAUCCCGAGCCCUGUUCAAACAGUAUGUCGAGUCCAAUGGGACCUCGCGGAUCCCAGGUGAUCUGCAGCAAGUCGUAUUCACUGUGGCCGCUCAAUCAAAUGAAGAUUGGGCGACUUUGCUCACCAUGUACGGACAGGCCACUUAUGAUGCUGAGAAGCGGAAAAUGCUCCGGGGCCUGGCGUCUACUCAGGACGCACGGCUCAUAGUAUGGGUCCUAAAGGCAGGUCUGAGGGGGGACGUCAUCCAGACACAGGAGUUGCCUCUGGUCAUCAGCACUGUGUGUAAUGGCUUCACUGGCUACUUGUUUGUCUGGGAUUUUAUCCAAGAGAACUGGGACAGCCUCAUUGAGAAGUUCCCUGUGGGCUCCUUUGCCAUCCAGACAAUCAUCAAGUCGGCCACCUCUCACUUCUCCACACAGGCGCAUCUUGAUCAAGUUCAGGGCUUCUUCUAUAGUUUAAGGGAGCGCGGCUCUCAGAUGAGGAGCGUGCAGGAAGCUUUGGAAACCAUCCGGCUGAACCAGCGCUGGAUGGAAAAGAACUUGGCCACGCUCGAAAAAUGGCUCUAAUGCAGCCGCUCCAUCCAGUGUGCCCAAUCGUCAAGACAACAACAGUGUUUGCACUAUUGUAACACAGCGGCUCUACUCCUUUAACCAGGCCAGAGUACUAAUCAAAGCCAGAGGUUUCGCUUUCUCCCGGCGGCCUCUAUUGUUCCUGUGAGUUUUAUUUGCCAGCUCAGGGUGGCUCUGAUUGUGUGUCCGACAGGAAGUUGUCGGAUGCAAACGCACUCCUCACUCUUUAUGCUGUCGACCAAACCGCUCCUCUGCAGCUCUCGUUUAGACCUCAUGCUUGAGCAUCUUGCUUCAGCCUCACUCCUUUUCCUCUACAUACUCUCAGGCCCUGAACUGUAUGAGCUGUGCAGUGGCCACUUCGAAAAGAGGAAGUAUAAAGAAUGUUAACGUGUGUGUGUGUCAGUCCUGGACUUUAUCUCACAUUGUGUGAUAUAUGUUUAAACAGCUGUCAGGGAUUUUCUGCAAUGAGAGGUGUUAAUUACUGGUACUUUUAGAGAGGAAUCAUUCUUGAAUUGAACUGACACCCUCCAUGUCCAUGUUACAAAAUGCAUUUAUCUUAUUUUUCAUGCUUUUCUUGGUGUGUUUGUACGAGUCGAAUGUACUGAGAAACCUCCCCACUGUGUACAGUAGGUGGCGUACUGCACAGCAGUGCAGCUUUAAAGCAACAACCAAUGUGUCUUCAGGGAGAGCAGGCGAGCCAAAAGCCAAAUGUUGAUUUUGUUCUUCCUGUGCCGCUCAUUAGCCCGGUUUAGCUCUGAUCAGUUCAGUUGUUAUCUUGAUAUCUUUUUGCCAGCAGUGCUCUCACUGAAAGCUUUUAAUUAUGAUGUAAAUAUGUUCAACCCUACUGUGUUUUCUCCUGCAAUUUUGGAUAUAACGUUUUAAACAUCUUGACUUUGAACUUUUUAGGAUUUGCUUAGUAUUGUGUGCGUGUGUGUAUAUAGAGUGUGUAGAUCAAAUGUAUACUUGUUUAAGAUGGUUUAAGAUGAUAGGUCAAAUACUGUCGCUGUAUUUUUUGAUUGAGACUCCUCCAGGGAGGUAAUCUGCUGAUGAAUGGAAGUGUUCUAAGGGCUAAGUGCAAAUUGGAGAUCCAGCGUAAAUAGAAGAACAUUUAUGUUGGGCGUGGCGAAUCUGUCCAGGAAGAUCUUUAUCAGCCAAAUACAUAUAAAGCAGGUUUAAAGUUACUCCAACGUGAACCAGUCCUGUUGCUUCUUGUUAACGAGGAGUAGCCCAGCUACUUUUGUGGAUUUUAUUGAAAUGCAGUUGUACUCUUAGUCACCGCUUCAUUUAAAAUGGUACUACUUACUUAGUCACUCUGUCCCCAACAUGGUAUUCCAGAUAAUUGAGGAAAUAACCCGCUUUUAGAUUUCAUUACUUUAUUUGAACACCUUUUUAGGAGAUAUUUUUUGGGGUCGUCAUAUUAUCUUGUCCUGAAACAUCUCUGUCGGGGGCGUCAGCAGAAUGAAGGGUCCAGAGGAUUGAGCAUUCCGAACAGGAAACAGUUGACAGAUGACACUUUACUUUGAAGGGUCAAGGUGUAGUUUAGAUCAUUACCCGUAUUUCACUUGAGUAUUAGCUUGUUCCAUCCAGUCCUUUUUAACAGCCGUUAACAAUAUGCUUUUAAAUACACUCCUCGAUCGCUGCGUCACACGUUUUUCAGCUGCCGCCAUUCAGAGUAAUUAAUCAUCUUCAUUGAGGCUCCGGCACUUUGAUGUUCCAUCAUACUUUGUUAAGAGAAGCUGCGUUUCGUGGGAAGUCAGUCGAAUAGCUUUUAAGAGACAAGAGUUGCUGAUGUCAAUCAGGUACCAGGUUCAGUAGAAGUUGGUGAAUCAGGGAUGUGUGCGAUCUGAUGACGGGAUUGUAGUAGAAUAUAUAUUAAAUACCAAUCAGAUUGUCUCUGUUUUAGCACCGGGAUAAAAUGCUACAGAUGCUUUUGAAACUCUGUUGCUCCUUAUGUGAAUAAGAUAUAAAUAAAAGAUUUGUUUUUUUCUGAA